AUGGGUGCACAAGACGCAUAUGGGGUCGAUGGUGCGUCGCUCGCGGUCGAUUUGGCGACGCUCAGCAUGGCCCCAAAGCCUGUCGGACUCCUUUCUCUUCCAGGAGAGCUUCGAAAUAGGAUCUAUCAUUUCUGCGUUGAGUCCUAUCCCAUCUAUAUCCGGAGCGUUUUCCUUCCGCGGAAACCCCAAUUCAUCGCCUUGACUCGAGUAUGCCGACAGAUUCGAGAGGAGUUCCUGCCGAUGUUCCUGAAGAAAACCAAGUUCGUUAUACUUCCCGCGCACUUCAAAACUCACGGCGACAUAACCCUUCUCUGGGACGCUGAAGGCUUUGACUACUGCGUCAUCAACCUUACACCCGUUAUCCAUUUCCUGUUCCUCUGCCCAUGGCUGCGGUGUGAGUUCAAGACCUUCGCUUUAUGUCCAUAUUAUUUGAUCAGCGAGGACAUCAACAAGCUACUAGCGGCUUCGACGAACGAGGAGUGGCGGUAUGCGGUCUUACACUUCGUUUCCCGGAUCUGUCUCAAGGGCUCAGCCGAUAUCCCAUUUUAUAUGCUCGACAUGAGCCAGGACCACGACAUGUUGGACGAUAAUCCUGUUCCUCAAGUGUCUUUCGUUCUGGAAGACAACGUUGGGCUCUCGGAUCUCGCCAGGCCCUGGGGAGGCAUAAGGGGCUGGUUGGGGGGCAUGGGUAUUGAUAUUAUGGAACAUUGUCGGCUUACCCUGACAGUCCCCAGCAAUAACUCGUUCCACUUGGAGGAUCUAUUGGUGCUGCGCUGA